AUGAAAUCGGAAAAAUCAAAAAGCACUGUGAAAUCUUCAAAGAGCCGUAGUGAUACAGCGGUUCAAGGAACAAAUGACUUGAGUACUCUCAGCAAAUGUUCUAUGGUUAAACUUGGCUAUUUUCCUGAUAAUUUUCUCCAUCACUUUGUGGCUAAACAAUGUCGAAGAUCUCCAUUAAUACACAGAGGUUACCACAUAAGAACUUACGUGAUUGAUUACGUAUUGAAGGAAUUUCUUAAACGAACCAGUCCUGAAAGAAAGAUGCGGCAGAUCAUUUCUUUAGGAGCUGGUUUUGAUUCGGCCUUCUUCCGACUUAAGUCUCUGGGUUUGACUGAAAACUGCAUUUUUUAUGAGGUUGAUUUUCCUCAAGUUGUGAAAAGAAAGGCAAAGAUUAUUCAACAAGUUCCAGAGUUAAAAGCUUUGAUAGGAGAUAAAAGUUAUGCAAAUUCAGUUCACUGUGCAGAACUCUUCCAGGAUGAUUACAGAUUGCUUGGAGUUGAUCUGACUCAAGUUAAAGUUUUGAACGAUGUGUUCUGUCAAGCUGGAAUAGAUAGUUCUUCUCCUACUUUAAUUCUGUCUGAAUGUGUACUUACGUAUCUUAUGCCUCAACAUUCUGAUGCUGUCAUUCACUGGGCUGUGAAAACAUUUACAAAGGCUGUUUUUAUUGAUUAUGAACAGAUAAAUCCCAAUACUGCAUUUGGAAUAUUUAUGCAGAAGCACUUUGCAAAGACUGGAUCUCCUUUAAAAUGUAUAAAUACUUACCCGAGUAUUCAAUCACACAAAGAAAGAUUUCUUAAGUUGGGUUGGUCAUUUUGUGAAUGCAGUGAUAUGACUGAUGUCUAUAUUAACCUGAUAUCCAAGGAGAAGAGGAAAGAACUUGAACAGAUAGAACUCUUUGAUGAGUUUGAAGAGUGGCAUUUAAAAUGUUGCCAUUACAUGAUUUUGUGUGCUCAUGAAGAAAGCACAACACCAUAUUUAAAGUUUCCUAUUUAUUCAAGCUCUCAAAACAGAACAGUGUCUUUCCCAGAAGAAAUUUCUAGCAUUAUUCACAACUUGCAAAUACCUGAGAAUCAAAAAAGUCUUCUGAAAAGAUUUGGGCAUUCCUGUAUCUUAUCGUUUGAAAAACUUUUGUUUAUUUUUGGAGGAUUUGGUAAAGAAAAUGGCAAAUACCAACGAGUCUCUAACAUUGUGAUCAGUAAUCUGGAAACUUUAGAAACGGUGUCUUUACCAGUUCCAACUAAUUUGCCAAAGUCACAUUUCGCCCAAAUGUACCAAAGUAUCUCUUUAUCAACUGAUGGAUCCAUCAUUUUAUAUGCCGGAAGGAAAUCUCCUCAAAAAGCAAGCUCUGCUGUGACCAUUGUUGAACUUAACAAUCUGGACGAAGAUAGUAGCAAACUUGUGUCUGGAGAAAUUGCAAAAGAAAAAUCAGAUGACAUGUCAUGUGGCAUUGACUUUAGACUUGGAUGCAAAAGCUACAGAAUAAAUUGCCAACAACUAGAAACCAAAGGAGAAGCUCCCUCAUCAAGAUGGAGACAUUCUAGUGCAAUAUAUAAGAAAAAUGAUGUGCCUGUAAUGUUUAUUUAUGGAGGAAGAGACCAACAUAACACAGCACUGGAUGAUGGCUUUGUUCUAGAUUUACAAACAAAACAAUGGACAAAGGUAACCUUUCAGGGAGAAAUUCCUAAUGCUCUUCAUUCUCACACUUGUUCUAUAUGGAAGGAACAGUAUUUGGUUCUGGCUGGAGGACUUCUUCAAGAAUCCGUUCCAUCUCAACACAUUUAUUUGCUUGAUGUUGAUUCUUUCUUUUUUAAAAGACUCAAAAUCUCAGGGACUUUAUAUCCAAGAUAUUCUCACACUGCUCAUAUCAUUGAAAACCAUCUCUUUCUCAUAGGAGGAGUUAAUCAUCUCCAUUUCUCAGCAGGUGUUGCUGUCAUUAAUCUUUUGACUGGAUUUUCUCAAGAAUUUAACUUACCAGUGAAGGACAAAACAGAUGAAAUCCAAAUGCUACAUGGUCAUCAAAGCAUCCUUUUAAAUAAUGGUCAACUUGCAAUUAUUGGUGGUGGAGGAAAUUGUUUUUCAUUUGGUACACAUCUUAACAAUGCUACUUUGGAUCAGGAAUACUUUUUCACAGAAUCAAAUGUACCAUUAUAUACUGAAGAUGUACUGUUAACCUGGUCACUGGUCUGGCAACUCCUCUAUCUACAUGUUUAG